AUGUCCGCGGCCGCGGCGUCCUUCUCGCCGUCGCUCGCGAUGACGAACCCGGCGCUCGUGUGGCCGCACCAGGAGGAGCAGAAGCAGCGGACGGCCGCCGCGUCCGCGUCCGCGAACGGCAACGCCAACGCGCCCUCGUCGGCCUCGAUCCGCUCCGAGUCCACCGCCUACUCCCACGACAAGGCCCAGCCCGCGCGUGACCCGGCGAAGCGGUCGAUUGGGCAGCGGAUCAAGAGCGCGCUCGGCAGCGCUGCUAAGGGGAAUUAG